CGGUCCGCCGGGGCGCGCGCCCCGGCUGGUCUCCGCCCCAGGACCGCGGCGCGAGCUCCGAGGCGGCGUCCGCCGGCGGCGCGAUGGGCUGCGGGAACUCCACCGCCACCAGCGCGGGCGCGGGCCCAGGCCCUACAGGAGCAGCUAAAGAUGUAACAGAAGAAUCAAUAACAGAAGAUGACAAGAGGAGAAAUUAUGGAGGAGUGUACGUUGGCCUGCCAUCCGAAGCUGUCAGUAUGGUGUCCAAUCAAACAAAGACCGUACGGAAAAAUUAGAAGAAAAUAACAUCACAACUCAAUAAUCAAGAGAUCAAGAGCUUGCUGAUCAAUUUGGAUGGGAUUUGGCCCCGUGGGACAUUGUCAUGUGCACAGACAUUUCCUAGGACAUUCUAAGCAGUUGUCCUUCCCUCUCCUGCCCCCCAAAAUCUUAACUGUAUCCUUAAAACCAUGGGUACAGGUAGAAUGCCGUGGUCAUAGAAGGGAAUUGGUUAGACAGUACACUCACGUGUGGAACUUUCUGUGAUCCACCUGCGAAAGACCAGUUAACUAGUUGUCACGGAGGCUGCUGUCGCCUGGCCUGGGCUGCUGUGCUCCGUGGCAUCAUCACCCCGGCCAUUCAGCACCGUCCAUGGAGGUCAUGUCUUUUCACUGAUCCUUUUUUGAUAGUUUUUAUAUAACAGAAUCCUUAUUCUAUUUAUAACUUAAGAUAAUACGGCAUUAUACACGAAUUACCUAAAAUAAUAUAUUUGUCUGCUACCUUUCACUAUUUCUACUUCACGUUAAUUUUUAGCUGUAAAAUUGGUAAAUCGAUUUCUUACUACUGUCUCUUUCUCUUUUUUACUGUUUGGUUUUCAAAUUUUAUUUAAAUGUCAGAGGAUUUCCUUUAGUAGGAGCAAUAUAUUUCAUUGCGAUAUUUGAAAAAAAUCGCAAUAUUUAAAAAUAAACUACUUAAAUUUGCAUGCCAUGUGCACCUUUUGAUUAAAAUCUUAUUUUCAAAGGCUUAUGUAACUACGAAUACGUCUAGCCAUCGAGUCCCCCAUUCUGCCUUUGUGUGAUCAUGGCCUCUCAUCAUGUUCAUUCUCAUUCUAUGCUGCUUUUAAGGACGUGUGAUUGAUGGUUAGUGAGUAUCUGGAAAGUUCUCAAUUUGAUAACGACAAGUGUAUCUACUUAGUACUGCAUUGUAAAUUACUCAAUUUACCAAUGUAUUUCAACAAUUAAAACAUUUCUAUCCCUCUUCA